CGAAACCCACGAAGCAACUGCAGGGCCGUCUGUUGAGGGCACGGAUCGGACUGGGCUUGCAUCAGCCCUGCGCCCCCCCGCGCGAUCGGAUCGGGCGCAGUCACGCGGCACCAAGGUGCGAGUCGUGAACGAGGCGCUUGAUCCAGCCGAAUCACACGACAAUGAGGUUGUCAACGGAAAUAAAAGAGGGUGUUGAGACGGCGCCGAAGAAGCUCGGCGAGAAAGAGGUGAUCGCAGACAGGUCGGCCGAGUCGGCAUGUAAAAUUGCAACCAUUGGAGAGCCAUCUCUCGCAGGGACGGAUGCCGGAAGCGCCGGUCUUUUGGGUGGGCAUCGACGCCCAUGACGCCUGCACUCAGGGCUGCCCUGUACCCUUACCGUGGCUCUCUUUCUUCUGCCAUGCUUCUGCACUUACCCAAGCCACAAAGAACUCUCCACAUUCUGUAACCGCCGCCCGUUGAACCCAAGCUAUACGAAACAACACUACACCAUGCCCAUCCGCAAUCCCUUCCGCAAAGCCCCUGGCGGUGUAGAGCUGCAAGAAGAGAACCAACGGCCGGGCGCGGAUCGGGGCUUCCAGCAAACUCCAGUCAACGGGACCAAGCCCGUCGAGAUCAAAGAACCGACCGAGUACAAACUCAGUGAAAUCAACGAUAGUGGAGUUUACCUUCCGCCAUCGCCGCCCGAGAAGCCCAGCUUCUGGCACAGCAGAUCUAAUACCUCAACCACAUCUUCGAACCACCGAAGCAUGCUGAGUGAGACUGAACCUUUCAGUAUAUCACGAGAGUCAUUCGACUCAUACAGGAGAUCCUUUGACAUCUCCGCCCGCUCUCCAAUCCCCGACUGCACCGGCGAUGGGCGUCUUCGCCAAAGUCUCGACUCUCGUCGAAACCAAUAUAUACCGCGUUCCUCUUUCCAGGACCGCCACAUCGACUGCCCCGACGCCACAGCCGAGGAAGGUUUCGAGGAGGUUGGCUUAAACGACGAGCCCAAGCCAGUCAAGAAGCGGGGUCUCUUUGCUCGCUUUGGCGACAACUCGGAUGCGACCGUCAAUGCCAGCACCGAAAGGCCAUCAUCGAGCCACCAUUCGUUCCACUUCACAGGCCGUAAGAGGGGCCAAAGCGGGCAGGGCGCCGAGUUGAGGAGUAUGGGCGACAAGCCUCCAAGCGUGCGGACUGAAGUUCCGGUCGAGGCUCGCUGAGCGCAGCUACAUAUAAUGAUAAUGGAUAUGCGGAUUUGGGUUUUCCCUUGAACCAAGGAGAGAGAACGGCGUUUUGGAUCAAUCUAUACCUGUCGCUGUAGGGGCAGGACAUUUCUUGAGAGGUCACUUUUACCAGAGUGCAUUGCUAUCGCUUCGCUGCAUUUGAGGUAUGCGACAUCG